CUUCCGUUUGUAGGCGAAGGUGGAGAAGUCAACCCGAAGACUCUCCGCGAGCUCCCCUGUGCAAUUGGUCUCUUAUCGCUCCAUGUGAGAGAGGAUGAAUCCGUGCGGAUCGCCGAGCACUCUCCCCCUGCUGGGGCUUCUGCUGGAAUCCAAGCUGAGAUCGAGGAGUUGCUUCUACUCCGGCCGGCAGCUGCUCCGGGCCUACGCCGAGAGGCAGUUCAAUGCAUUCCUGUGGAUCUCCCUCAUCGGAGUCACUCUGCUCCUGCUCAGGCGAGUUGCCAGGCUGUUUAGGCUGUGGUCUGAAGGAAGCAAGCUCCCCGGGCCGCCGUGUCCUUCGUUUUACGGCCACUGCAAUCUCUUUUCCCGCGAAAAUUUCUCCGAUGUUCUCUCAGGUUUUCAUGAGAGAUAUGGAUCGAUUUUCAAGUUGUGGUUGGGCCCAACUCAGCUUCUAGUGUCGGUAAAGGAUCCCGAAGUAGUAAAGGAAAUUCUUCUUAAAGCUGAGGAUAAGUUGCCUUUAACUGGCAGGGCCUUCCAUUUAGCAUUUGGACCAUCGAGCCUCUUUAGAUCCUCUUAUGAUGAGGUGCAAAAGAGGAGGGAAUCACUGUCGGUGGAACUAAAUACAAGUUUGCUCAAGAGCAUUAACGUUAUUCCUGUCACAGUUCUGGACUCUAUAAAUAACAAGAUCACUGUUGCCAUGGCCAAAGGCAGUGCCAACAGUGAACAAAUAUCUCGACAUAUAGCUUUUACUAUCUUGGGAGCUACAUUAUUUGGAGAAACAUUCUUGACUUGGUCUAAGGCAUCUAUCUAUGAAAAGUUGCUCAUGUCAGUAGCUAAGGAUGCUUGUUUCUGGGCUUCAUAUAAUGUCACUCCCUUUUGGAGAAGAGGAUUUUGGGAGUACCACAGUUCGUGCUCGAAGUUGAGAUGCUUAACUCAAGAAAUUGUGCAACUGUGCAGUAAAAACCGAGUACGGUGCUGCAAUCAGAGGUCUUCUGCUAAUCCUAAGGAUAAAGGAUUGGAGGCUGCGUAUGAUGGACUUGCUUGUUCUAGUGCUAUGAUGUCCAGUAGCUUUUUCCCAGAUGAGAUAUGUAGCAUUCUUUGUUCAAGUGAGGAACUUUCUGCAAAUAUCAUGGGUGUUAUGUUUCAUGGUUACCUAACUACUGCUGGCCUCAUCUGUAAUGUCUUGGUAAGGAUUGUAAAGCACCCGGAGAUACAAGAUCAGAUCUAUUCAGAGAUUGUCAUGGCGAAAAAGGGAUUGCUGAAGGACAAACAAAAUGUUGAUGACAUGAUUUUACUAACCGCCACAGUUUAUGAAUCUGCUCGUCUUCUGCCAGCAUGGCCUCUGCUGCAGAGAUGCUCCCUUGAAAAUGAUUUGCAUCUCAAAUGUGGAGCUAUUAUACCGGCUGGAGCAGUGUUGGUCGUGCCGGUGCAGUUGGUACAGAUGGAUGGUUCCAGUUGGGGGAAGGAUGCCACUGAAUUCAAUCCAUAUCGCUUCUUAUCAAUAGCCCAAGGGAGAUCUGUUUCAGCAUACCAUACAGGGGAAGCUAAACAUGAUCACUUGAGUGAGAGGUCAUUUGUUCUGAAUGAUCCAAAUGAGAAUGCUGCAUUCCUUCCUUUCGGUUCAGGUGCACGUGCCUGCGUGGGGCAGAAGUUUGUUAUAUAUGGAGUUGUGUCGCUGCUUGCAUCAUUGCUUGAACACUACGAGAUACGGCUGAAGCCUGGGUCUGAGACCGAUCUGAAGCUGUCAACUAAUAACUCCAUUCUUCAGCUCCAUCCAAGCCCAGAAUUAGUCUUCAUCAAGAGGAGCGACUAAAAGGAACACGCAUAGAACAACCGAGCUUUGGGUGGGAUUUUUCAUGUCAAAUCAAACAGAGAACUUGUGAGAUUUUCUGUCCCAUUUUUCUUUUUCUCAACAUCGAUGGGGGAAGUUCCAACAGCUCCACUGUUUUACCUGUCAACUGGGUAUGUUAGAUGAGUGAGUUUUGACAGGCUCAUUUUUUUUCUAUCCCAUGUUUUUAAGUGGCUCGAGUGCAGAAUGUCUGUAAUGUGUUUUUGAAGCGCUUGAGGGGCUAUUAUUGCGGUGGAGUGCUGUGGUUUUCUUUCCCCCUCUCUUGAGUGUCUGUAAUCAAUAAUGUUGGCUUCGACAUGUUCUUUUUUUUUUUUCUUUUCAACUAUCCACUUUCCUGAAAGAGAGUUCAUGUUGUAUUGCAAUGCUCUCAGAAUGUUAUGUAAAAAAGAAAGCUUCGGAUUGUGAAACACUAUUUGUUUCUCUCCUGUGUAAGAUCCUCCACCUCGUCUGUUUCGGAUGAAUCGAGUAAUCAGAAACUGAGUGGUCAUAUGAAGGUGAGACAAUUUUAUGGAGCA